UACAUAAGUCUGCGUACAGCGGGGACUGCGGUGUGGAGCGGAGAGGAGGGUUGAGCUCAGGCUCUGUUUUCACGCUGUGGGGCAGAGCAGAGAGGAGUCGUCACUCCGCCAACUGUUGGCCUCUGAGAUCUAAUCUGGAUUACAGUUUGGUCCACUCUGCAGCCAGGACACCAAUAAUCACAUUAUUCUGUUUCGGCCUGACGCCUCCCGAAGCGGGCGGAAGUGGCGAUGUCAAGUCGUGGCACCGCCGCUGGCUUGCUUGUCUCUCAAAGCUGAACUGCGCGUUUAAACGCCAGUCAUUUGUUCUCGGGAGUUUGGAUGGUUUCCCCAGCGAAGGUGAUGUGAAUGAAGUUGGGUGAGCGUUCCUGCGGUAGGUGGUUGGCUGGGUGGCGUGAAUCCCCGUGUGCAGAGCACGCACUCUGCAGCACAUCCAGACCGAUCACUGCAGCCUGCGCUGGAAGCGCAAUAAAUUACUCUGGACCUCACCCAACCUCUGCCACUGAUAUAUUAGAGGGGCAGAUGGUCAGUCAUGGCACGUUUAGGGUCCAACACAAUGGACUGCACCCACCCUGAGAAGGAUUUUCCAGUUGUCCAUGCAGUUACAGUCUCUCAUGCAUUCGUGUCUCGGAGGGCUACAACUCCAUCUUUUUGACCACAUCCUCAUCUUAGCUCCUCAUUAACAACCAUCAUGGAGGACAGCAAGCUGAUCUUCAGUCUGGACCGCCAUGAGGAGGGUCCUUCUGUGACCUUUUCCAAAGACAAACCAGAAAGCAGGGAGAGCCGGCCUGAACCCAAUUUGUGGAUCAAUCUGGACCUUAGCCAAGGGCAACGCUCCCAGCCUCUCUUCCUGCCUCACUCCCCCUCUUCCCCAGGCUCGUUAGCUGAUCUAUCAGAAUCAUCAGCAGGUCUGCCUGUCACCACCAACCUAGUGAAAUCUUCCUCCACGGAUCUGGAGCCAAGGGAAAGCAGCUCUUUAAGAAGCAAGCCCCUCCUCAGUCUGGUCAAGUCUCUCAGCACAGAGAUCUCCCGCCGUGUAGAGCCCGAGGUCAACCUCUCCAAGUCUGACUCCAAGCUACAUUUGCAUCCUUUUAAGCAGCUUACAUAUCCAAAGAUACUGGAGGCCAGACCUGAAACAGGAGGAAUGGGUGAGAACGACGCCUGGGUUUCACCUCCCUCCACGGGCAGCAUGUCUCCCACGGAGCCACGGGGCAGUUCCCUUAUCGCCGAGCUGGAGGACACGCGGCGGAAGUUCUCGGAGGCCAUGCAGGACCCACUGAGCAUGCUGAGUAAGAUUAUGGGGGAUGAAAGCUCUGGAAGCCCCAAGCAGGGGAGGACUUCUGGUGCAGGAGAAUCACCAGCCCCCCACAGCACUGGUGGAAGAGAUGGAAGCAGCGACGAAGCAGGCCUCAGGUGUCGGAGGAGGACUGACGGUGAGCACAAAGGGGUGUGUGACACUGCUGUCAGACGACUCCAAAAGGAUUCAUUAACAAAAUCCUCCAUCUCCCCAGAACGGCACACCCUCAGCAGAGACAAACAUUUGGAAAUCUGCACCUAUGGGAUAUGA